AUCUUUUGGCAUCCAACCGUCCUUGGACGAGCUCUUUGGUUUGGUUUUCUUUUUUUUUUUUUUUCCCCUUCUCUUUUCUUUUUGGUUGUUUUUUAAUUCACGUUUGUACAAUCUUCUGGAUAUCUUCCUUUUUUUUUUUUUUUUUCUUUCCCCGAGAAGGAGUAAAAAGGGAGUGUUGGAAACUUAACAUUAAACAGGAUUAAAGCCCUGAGCGCUUAAGGGGAAAACAGGUUAAGGAACUUAAUCCAGGAUGGAUCUGCAGGAGCCCCAGCAGCUGGGAAUGUUUGCGGAGGGCGAGCUGAUGUCGGUGGGGAUGGACACGUUCAUCCACCGCAUCGACUCCACCGAGGUCAUUUACCAGCCCCGGCGCAAACGGGCCAAGCUCAUCGGCAAGUACCUCAUGGGAGACCUGCUGGGGGAGGGCUCCUACGGCAAAGUCAAGGAGAUGCUGGACUCGGAGACCCUGUGCAGGAGGGCUGUGAAGAUCCUGAAGAAGAAGAAGCUGCGCCGGAUCCCCAAUGGGGAGGCCAACGUGAAAAAGGAAAUCCAGCUCCUGCGGCGAUUACGGCACAAAAACGUCAUCCAGCUGGUCGAUGUGUUGUACAACGAGGAGAAGCAGAAAAUGUAUAUGGUGAUGGAGUACUGUGUGUGUGGGAUGCAGGAGAUGCUGGACAGUGUCCCAGAAAAGAGGUUUCCAGUGUUUCAGGCUCAUGGGUACUUUUGUCAGCUUAUAGAUGGCUUAGAAUACUUGCACAGCCAAGGGAUUGUCCACAAGGAUAUCAAACCGGGGAACCUCCUGCUAACAACCAAUGGGACACUAAAAAUAUCCGAUUUAGGCGUAGCAGAGGCAUUGCAUCCGUUUGCGGAGGACGACACGUGCAGGACGAGCCAAGGGUCGCCAGCAUUCCAGCCCCCAGAAAUUGCCAAUGGCCUUGACACCUUUUCAGGCUUUAAAGUCGACAUCUGGUCCGCGGGGGUGACGCUAUACAACAUCACAACGGGUCUGUACCCCUUUGAAGGGGAUAAUAUCUAUAAAUUAUUUGAAAACAUCGGGAAAGGCGACUACACAAUUCCAGAGGAUUGUGGUCCUCCACUCUCGGACUUAUUGAGAGGGAUGCUGGAAUACGACCCAGCCAAGAGGUUCUCAAUACAGCAGAUAAGGCAGCACAACUGGUUUCGGAAGAAACACGCUCAGGCAGAGGCGCUGGUGCCGAUCCCGCCCAGCCCCGAGACCAAGGACCGGUGGAGGAGCAUGACGGCGGUGCCUUACCUGGAGGAUCUGCACGGCUACAACGAGGAGGAGGACGAGGACUUGUAUGACAUUGAAGAUGAUAUCAUCUACACUCAGGACUUCACAGUACCAGGACAGGUGCCUGAGGAGGAGGCCGGGCAGAACGGGCAGAGCCGUGGCAAGGGGCUGCCCAAGGCCGUGUGCAUGAACGGGACGGAGCCGGGGCAGCUGAGCACCAGGGCCUGUGCCCCCCCCUCCUCGCCCCAGCUCUGCCUCUCUCCUGGGACUGGACUGUGCUUGCGAUCCAAAAAGAAACCAGAGGAAACCAACCAAGGCCCCCCUUCCCUCCCUGCGCCCCCGCUCCGGCAGCGCCAGCCCCCGGGGCCGUGUGCCCGGACCCCCCGGACACCUGGAAGUUGAACUUUGUGGCUGCCAGGACGCUGCCCCCCCAAUCACUCUUUGCCAAUCAAGACACUGAUUCUGUUUUUAAUUUUGCGAUGGGAAGGUGGGAUGGGGGGGCCGGGGGCGUGGGACCCCCCUCCUGCCGGGCCCCCCCGGCCGUGUAGAGUCGUGCAAAGCCAUUGCCGUGCACUUUAUGUUUUAGACUACUGUUAUAUAUUAUAUAUUUUCCUCUUUUUUUUUUUGUUUUGUUUAUAUUUGCGGUAUAUUUAGAGAUUCCUACACAUCGUGAUGUGUUAAAAUAAACCAGAUGAGGAAAAAACCCAGGUAUUAA